GUGUCCUAAUCAUGGGAGGAAAACAGAAAAAAGUGAUUCCAGUCAACAGCCACCUGCAGAAUCCUACUCAAGAGAAAGAAGCACUGAAGAGUCAGAAUUGUGUCUUGAUUUAUAAAUCGGAGACAGAGGGAGACGAAAACCACACUCCAGAAAGUAGCUUAAUUGGACUCACCACUAAGAUGUUGAAAGUGAAGAGGCUGGAAGAAUUCAACACGUGUUACAACAGCAACGAGCUGGAGAAAAUGGCCUUUUUUCAGUGCAGGGAAGAGGUGGAGAAAGUGAAGCAUUUUCUGGAAGAAAAUUCUGGGGACCAGGAUUCAAGACCUGAACAUAAUGAGGCGAAGGAGUUGUGGUCAAACGCCGACCUGACGGAAAGGAUGCCUGUCAAAAGCAAAAGGACAUCAGCCCUUGCAGUUGACAUCCCGGCUCCUCCUGCCCCAUUUGAUCAUCGUAUUGUGACAGCCAAGCAAGGAGCGGUCAACAGCUUCUAUACUGUGAGCAAGACAGAAAUCCUAGGAGGAGGGCGUUUCGGCCAGGUUCACAAGUGUGAGGAGACGGCCACAGGUCUGAAGCUGGCAGCCAAAAUCAUCAAGACCAGAGGCAUGAAGGACAAGGAGGAGGUGAAGAACGAGAUCAGCGUCAUGAACCAGCUGGACCACGCGAACCUCAUCCAGCUGUACGAUGCCUUUGAGUCUAAGGACGACAUUGUCCUGGUCAUGGAGUACGUGGACGGUGGGGAGCUGUUUGACCGCAUCAUCGAUGAGAACGACAAUCUGACGGAACUUGAUACCAUCCUGUUCAUGAAGCAGAUAUGUGAGGGCAUAAGGCACAUGCACCAGAUGUACAUUCUCCACUUGGACCUGAAGCCUGAGAAUAUCCUGUGUGUGAAUCGGGAUGCUAAGCAAAUAAAAAUUAUUGAUUUUGGAUUGGCCAGAAGAUACAAACCCAGAGAGAAGCUGAAGGUGAACUUUGGAACCCCAGAAUUUCUCGCCCCUGAAGUUGUUAACUAUGACUUUGUUUCCUUUCCAACCGACAUGUGGAGUGUGGGGGUCAUCGCCUAUAUGCUACUUAGCGGUUUGUCCCCUUUCCUGGGUGACAAUGAUGCCGAGACGCUGAACAACAUCCUGGCCUGCAGGUGGGACUUAGAGGAUGAAGAAUUUCAGGACAUCUCAGAGGAGGCCAAGGAGUUCAUCUCCAAGCUUCUGAUUAAGGAGAAGAGUUGGCGAAUAAGUGCAAGCGAAGCGCUCAAGCACCCCUGGUUGUCAGACCACAAGCUCCACUCCAGACUCAAUGCCCAGGUGACCACGGCUUCUUACUCUUCCUCUUUUCCUCCUGUCUGCCUGUCUUUUGAAGAUCAGAUGCUAGAGUCACCUUAACCUUAAAUAAGGUUCUUUCUCAUUCCUUUUCUCACAGA